AUGCCGAUCUUACACAUAGUGCUGUUCGAGUUCAAGCCUACCACGACUCACAGUCAAGUCGAAGAUGUCUGCAAACGUAUGCUAGCACUGAAAGAUAACUGCAUACAUCCGGAGACAAAACAGACCUAUGUCAAAUCGUAUGGCGGAGGACGAGACAACAGCCCUGAGGGCCAACAAGUAGGAGGUCACUCCCGGCGACCCACCCAGACAUGA